AUGGCCAAAAGUCUAGCAAACUCAAUAAAGAAGAAUAAUCUUUCCAAAGAUGAUAUCAGCCACAUAUUCUCGAGGAUCAUUAGCAACGACGACCUCAUUGCCAAUGAUGAUGAGUUGGAAGAACAAGACGAAAUACCACCACAAGACUUUGACAUCGACAUGUUGAACCAGCAGUUCACUUUGAUGAGAGACUGGAUCACAAAUGGGAACACACAAAAGACCACAGAGUACAUACAAAGUGACAGCGAUAUGGAAGACCAACUUUCUCAACCAGAAGAAGAACAAGAAGAACAAGAAGAAGAACAAGAGAAUGGUCAAUAUCAUAACCUGGAACAAAGAAAACCAAAUUCAAGGCAAACAUCAAAGGCUUCUCAUGUAAAUAUUGAUUCGCCCAGGGGUACAGCAAGGCGCCAAGAUAUUUCCGAGAGUCUGUCUGUUAAAAUAACGAAUCAUAAAGGUUUCUAUAUGUCUCUGCUAUUGCUUUUUUUCCUAUGUUUAGGCUACUUGGGGCUUCAGAAAUUGGAUGGCUCAUCACUUCUUAAUGACUAUGAGCUCCCGGAAAACUUACCAACUGAUUUGAAAAAAUACGUAUCCUCCAAAUUAUCGAACAUCAAUAAAGAUAUGGAGGGGAUCAAGGGAGCAGUUCAAAUUGAAACUGCAGCGGUCAAUUCAAAGCUUGGUGGUAUUAAUGAUCUUAUUCAAAAUUAUCAUUCAGAAAAUGCCAAAGCUAUCAAGGAAAUAGAAACCAAGUUUGACACCAAGUUUGGAGUACUACAUCAAGAAGUUUUCCCCCAAUACAAUGAGAAAAUCAAUUCACUUGAGAAUGAAAUGGAGAAAUUACAGCAAAACCUUAAUCGAACGUUGUCCAACUUUAUACAACAGGUGGAUAAUAGCAGCAACAAGCAAAUUGAUUUUGAAAGAUAUCUUGAGGAAAAAUUACCAAACUACUUGCCCAUAAUGAAAGGAUCAAAAAACAAGUUGACCAUCGUUCCUGAAUUUGAAUCAUAUUUGCACAAAAUAAUUUCAGACUAUGUACAUAAUAAUACUGCAAACUAUAAUAAUAGUGAUAUUUCUUCCCCAACAUUCUCAAGACAGAACUUCAACAAUUAUCUUCAAGAAUUCAUCGAGAAUGCUGAUAAUAUAAAUAUAAUAGACUUAAAAAACUCUUCUAUCGGCUCUUUUAUUAAAAAGCAGAUAUUGGAAAAUAUCAAUUACGACUUGAUUGCUUCAAAAGUUGAUAAAACACUCCAAAUUACCAAAGAUGAAAGUAGCAGGCUAAUAAUUGAUUCGACUACCGAACUCAUAUUGAGUAAAUUGAUCAAACGAAUAAUCAUUAACUUGGAUAGAGAAAAGCAUAACAAGAAGAUUCAAAAAUUCAAUUACGCCAGUUAUGAGAAUGGCGCGAGGAUUAUCCCAGAAUUAGUGGCAUCAUUUGAGUCAUUUAAUAUCACAGAUAUUUUUCUCAGGCAAGUGUCUCAUCAAAGAAAGAUUUGGUCGCGAUUGAAAUCGGUGUUCAGUAAAAAGCAAUCUACUGGCGGUAUUAAACAUAAUGACAAGAAUUUGAUUCUCAACACAUACCAAACGAUCUUACCAAGUACGAUAAUUCCAAAAGAUAACUUUCCCAAUUUCAAAGGAAUCAAAACAGGUAUCAAAACCUUUGCGGUCAAGUUUCCCCAGCCGAUAUAUUUGAAUGAUAUCAUUGUUUCAUACCCAAGAUAUGCUAACAAUCCAUCACUUAUUUAUUCAGCACCAAAAAAAAUCAGCAUGUGGAUUCAGUUGACAAAACCAAAAGAGGAUUUGAAUAAGUUGAAAAAUUACCUCUACGAAGCUACCAAGGAUAAAUAUGAGGACCAAUAUGUGAUCAAUAUGGAGAAAUUGGAACAACGCAUUGAGGAGGAUAAAAAUGAGAUACCUUUGAAGAGAAUCAAGAGUGGGGAAGAGGUGAUAUAUGAGAAAUUCUAUGAAUCCAAUUUUAAUUUGUUUGAUCAAGGGUUUGUUAAGAUUGGCUCAAUGAUAUACAAUUAUGAGCCUAGCAGAGACAACCAGACCUCUAUUCAUCAAAAUUUUCCUCUUAUCAAUAAGAACUUCAAGAACUUGAAGAUCAGAAUCAAUUCGGUAUUUUUCUCGAUUGAGAGCAAUUAUGGGAACGACGAAUUCAACACCAAUCUUUUUAAGGUUAAAGUUUACGGCUUCAGUGAUUUUGAUUUAUAUUGUAUGAGAGAGUUGUUAUUUAGUGAUGAGACCAAACCAAAGAACUUCACGGAUUAUAAAGAUGAUUUGAUUGAAUUAGAGAAUAUGUUUAACGAGAAGUACAUAAGAAAUUUGAGCUACGAAGAAAAUGACAAUGAUGGCGAUCAGCUAGUGCUCAGUACUAUCCCCUCCUCGGGGCAACAAGGCGAAUACAAGAAAAAGGAACUUGAUGAAGACAUGGACUUUGUCGCUGAUUCCUACGUGAUUCAAGAGGACAAUGUUGUUGACUAUUUUUGA